AUGGCUGUGGAGAUCCUCUUCUUCUGCUGGUUCCUGAUCGCAACCCAUGUUGAUCAGGCUGCGGCACAGCCCAUACCAGGCAUCUACUUCAACCCCGGGAGAACCACUGCAGGGAGCCAGCUCCAAUCCAACAUAGACUUCGUAGUCGGGUUCCUCGCGCAGAACACUCCUCCCAAUGGCUACGCGACAUGUCUCGGCUAUGGCAAGACCCCGGACACCGUCUACGCGAACACGGGCUGCUACAACCGGCCGGAUCAACAAAGCUGCACCGUUUGCAUCAACAUCGCCUACUCAAGGGCCCAAACCUCGGCUCCACUCACCAUCGGUGCUACUGUGUGGCUCAAUGAAACCGUGCACCAGUACGCAUGCAGCCUGACCUUCGAAGUAUACAACUUCACGGACUCGUUGCUCGCUUCGCGUAAGUGCUUCCAAAGCUCUAAAGUUGUGGUUUCUCUCAGCUUGCAAAGUUUGCCACUAGAUAUGCUCGGCAUCUUGGGUCCCAAUGCCUCGGCUCCAGCGCCUCUUACAUCUUUCCGGUUCCCUGGAUCCUCGAGACUGAACGUGGCUGCUUAUUUUGCUGGAGGAGUCGCAGGGAUUUGCUUCGUAUUUAUAUGCGGCGUAGUGUUUUUCGUCUUGAGAUGGAGAUGGAGGCCACGGGGAAAGGUCUCGGAUUCGGAGAACUCUGUCUAUAACAUGGGCAAUCCAAGGCUGUUUACGUACAACGAGUUGUCCGUGGCCACGGAUAGUUUCAGUGAGGAAAACCAGCUUGGUCAAGGUGGCUUUGGAGUUGUGUACAAGGCCAAUCUCAAGGAUGGGACGCAAGUGGCAGUGAAGAAGCUCUCGCUCCACUCCAAGCAGGGAAAGCAAGAGUUUGUCAACGAGCUCAACAUUAUCACAGGGAUUCGCCACCGGAAUCUUGCCAAGCUCCACGGAUAUUGCGUCGAAGCCAAUGAGAGGCUCUUGGUUUACGAGUUCCUGGAGAACGAAAGUUCUUUGGCCUUGAAUUGGCAAUCUCGGUUCCAAAUCACGCUCGGGAUCGCUCGGGGACUUGCUUACCUGCACGAGGAAUCACACUUUCAGAUAAUCCACAGGGACAUCAAGGCCAGCAACGUUCUCCUCGAUGCCAAGUUACAGCCAAAGAUAUCGGACUUUGGCCUCUCCAAGCUCUUCGAUCUGGAUGGAGAGUAUGGCGUCUCAAAAGUGGCUGGAACAUUGUAA